ACAAAGUGCAUGCUUAUUUCCUCUGCUUCUUCACUUCAGGAAGCAAGUAGUGAUAGUGCUUUAUAGACCCAAAAAUAUUCCUGUUUUCUCUCCUUUUUAACUUUUUGCUUUCGUGACAUUUGUGGUUGGUUAGCCAAAAGGGAUACAAAGCAACCCAAAUUUAAUGUGAGUUCUUGAUCAUUCCCAUUCUUUUUCUUCACAGACAGGAAUAGAUGGAGGAAGAAGGGGCAACAGUGACACAAUCUUUGCUUGUUAGACGAGGACAUGGUGGUGGUCAGCUGCAGACUGGUUCAAGUGUCACUACUACUCUUGUUCUUAGCACCUUUGUUGCAGCUUGCAUUUCCUUUGGUUUUGGAUGUGUUAUGGGAUAUUCAUCACCUACUCAGUCUGCAAUCAUGGAGGACUUGGAUCUCUCUGUUGCAGAGUUUUCACUUUUUGGUUCAAUGUUAAAUAUUGGAUCAAUUCUAGGUGCAUUAGUAAGUGGGAGGGCAACAGAUCUCCUUGGUCGUAAAUGUACUAUGUGGGUUUUGAACUUAUUUUACGUUGUGGGAUGGUUCGCGAUAGCAUUCGCAAAGGUUCCAUGGUUGCUUGAUCUAGGAAGACUAUUACUGGGAUUCAGAAAUGGAAUUGCUGGUUAUUUGGUACCUGUAUAUGUUGCAGAGAUAACACCCAAGAAUCUUAGGGGACGAUUUUCAGGUCUAGUACAGACGAUGGGUGUAAUAGGCCUUUCCAUGAUGUAUAUUAUCGGUCCUUUUAUCAAUUGGCGUAUCUUGGCUCUGAUAGGUAUUAUUCCAAGUCUACUACAACUCCCACUUCUAUUCUUCAUUCCAGAGUCUCCUAGAUGGCUGGCAAAAGUUGGCCGAGAAAAGGAGUUUGAAAAAGCUCUGCUGUCCCUCAGGGGAGAGAAAGUCAAUAUUUUUGCAGAAGCAACCGCUAUCAAAGAUUAUACGGAAUCCCUGAAAAGUUUCUCAUGGGGAGGAAUUUUAGAUUUGUUUCAGCGAAAAUAUGCUCAUCCCCUAAUUAUUGGAAUAGGGCUGAUGGCACUGCAACACUCAGGAGGGGCCAAUGCAUAUGCAUAUUACUCUGGUGUUAUUUUUGUCUCAGCAGGCUUGUCAAAAUAUAUCGGGCUUAGUACAUUGGCUGUUGUCGAGAUAUUAAUGAGCCUUCUUGGUACCAGCUUGAUCGAUAAGUUUGGAAGACGAUCACUUCUACUGGUUUCUUCAUGUGGAUUAUGCUUUGGCAGCUUCCUCACUGGAAUAUCAUUCCUUUUACAGGACUAUAACUGGUGGGGUGACGGAACUCCUAUUUUGGCACUCAUUAGCAUAUGGCUUUAUAUGGGGUCAUACCAAGUAGGAAUGGAAGGAAUUCUGUGGAUUAUAGUGGCAGAGAUAUUUCCCAUAAACAUAAAAGGUGCAGCUGGAAGCAUUUCCAGUUUAAUUGGGCAUGUGUGUUCUUGGAUUGUUUCAUACAACUUUAACUUCUUAUUUCAAUGGAGCUCAGCAGGCACAUUCUUCAUAUUUUCAGCUAUUUGUGGUCUGAAUGCCAUAUUUGCCGCGAAAAUGGUACCGGAGACUAAGGGAAGAACACUUGAAGAAAUACAAGCAUCAGUUACUAGAAAUCUGAAACAGGAUCAUGCAAAAUCCAUACAAAUCAGUGAAGAGAGACCCAAGAUGAACUCUAGAUAUGAGCUUUGGCUUCUAAGAUAUGAGCAUUACAGGAUUUCUGUCUCAACUUUUUUACCCUUUUUCUUCGUUCUGCUUUCCAGGGGGACAAAAGAUAUGGAGGGAGAAGGCAUAGAGGGGGGAUCAGCAACUGAACCUUUGAUUGUCAGUAGCUGCAAUGGUGAUGGUGUACCAUCAAGAAAGUCCAGUGCUAUAACAAUAUCUCUUGUUCUGGGGAUCACUGUCGCAGCCUGUGCUUCUAGUAAUUGUGGGUACUCUGGUGGCUAUUCAUCACCUGCGGAGUCUGGAAUCAUAGAUGAACUAGGUCUCUCUGUGGCAGAGUACUCAGUUUUUGGUUCAAUAUUGACAAUAGGAGGAAUGGCAGGUGCAAUAGCUAGUGGAAGAAUAUCAGAUUUCUUUGGUCACAAAAUUACCUUCUGGAUAUUGAAUAUAUUCUACAUCAUGGGAUGGCUAGCUAUAGCGUUUUCCAAGAAAGCUUGGUCACUGUAUCUUGGAAGGCUUUCACUGGGAUUUGGAACUGCAGUAUUUAAUUAUGUGGGACCUGUUUAUGUAGCAGACAUAACUCCUAAGAAUCUUAGGGGAGGAUUUUCAUCACUAGUUCAGGCAAUGACAAUUUGUAGCAUUUCAGUCGCAUAUUUUGUUGGUUCUAUCACCUAUUGGCGCAUCUUGGCUCUGAUAGGUGUCAUUCCUUGUCUAAUACAGGUCCUAUGUUUGUUCUUUGUUCCGGAAUCUCCUAGAUGGCUGGCUAAGAAUGGUCGAGACAAUGAGUUCAAAACUUCUCUGCAGUGCCUCAGAGGAAUGAGUGCUGAUAUUUCUCAAGAAGCGGCAGAAAUCCAAGAUUAUACCCAAAACUUGCAACACAGCUCUGAAGAUAAAAUUCUGGAUGUGUUCAGUUCAAAAUAUACUCAUUCAGUCAUCGUAGGAGUUGGCUUGAUGCUACUACAACAACUUGGAGGAUACAAAGGAUUUGCAUAUUAUGCUAACAGCAUUUUUGAUUUAGCCGGGUUUCCAAGCACUAUAGGAAUUAUAGCAGUAGCUGUAACUCAGAUUGUCAUGAACAUUCUCGGUAUACUUUUAAUUGAUUCAUCUGGGAGACGACCUCUUCUAAUGGUUUCUGCUGUUGGAACAUUCUUUGGGUGCUUCCUUACAGGAGUGUCAUUCCUCUUGCAGGAUCUUCAUUGGUUGGAGAAAAUCACUCCAUUUAUAGCACUUAUUGGCAUCCUGAUGUACAUGGCAUUUUAUUCAUUAGGCAUGUCAGGAAUUCCAUGGAUUAUAAUGUCUGAGAUAUUUCCUGUUAAUAUAAAGGGCUCAGCUGGAAGCCUUUGCAACAUGGUGAACUGGUUUUGUUCUUGGGUUGUUUCUUAUACAUUCAACUUCUUACUCCAAUGGAGCUCUGCUGGAACAUUCUUCAUAUUUUCAAGCAUUUCUGGGCUAGCCAUCAUAUUCAUUGUAAAGCUGGUGCCAGAGACCAAGGGACGAACACUGGAAGAAAUUCAAGCAUCAAUGACUGGCGGUGCACGAUAAGAAAUACAGGCAUACUGGCAAAUACAAUCAUGGUGGGGAAUUCAACUGCAUAGAUCAAAACAUAUUCCAGCAUUGAUAUAUGCUUUAGGCUCAGCAGGAUGCUUGCUGUUGACCUUGUUUUAUUUUGCAUUGGCCUUUAAGGUUUUUCCCAUGAGUACAUCAAAUGAAGUUAAGAUCAUGAAGUAAGAUCCAACUUCAUCUUUCAAGCCAUCUGCCAAGUUUUCAGGCUUGGCAAAAAACAUGUUAAUGCUUCAUGGACAGCAGGACAGGCCUGGACCAGAAACUCAGACCGGGAAAAACUAAAGAUUAAGUCAACCACUCACAACUUUCACGCAGCUUAACUUACCACUUCUACGAAAAGGAAAUUACAGUUGAAAUCUCACUUUGUCACAAAUAACUGUGUGUAACAAUGUUACUUUCUUUAAGGUUUUAUUCGUUUUACAAGUAGUAUUCUAAAGAGUUAUUGACAUAUAAAUUCGAAAAAACAAUGAAGUUUAGUAAUUGAUGGUUUUUUACAUUGACGAAAUCAA